GGGCUGCCCUGAAUGAGAUUUGCCAAUUGGUUGCAUAGAAAAGAACAGAUCAGCUGAUGCAGCUGGGGUGUGAGCUGAGCUCACAUGAGAAAGAAAAAAAACCCGAGAGGAGACAGGACCAGUAAGUGAGGACAUGUUUGAGUCAUUGGAAGAGUUCCACAUGGUCCUCAAUGAGCUGGUUGGGGACAAGAGUAUGGACAAAGUCCGGGUGGAGUACGAGAAGCUGAUCCGUGCACUGAAGAAGUCCAGAGAGAAUGAGAAGAGACUGAUGUCCAAAUGCAGGGAGCUGAAUGCAGAGGUUGUGUCCACCUCCACUAAAGUCGCAGCUGCCCUGAAACUGUCCCAGGAAGAUGAGACAACUAUCACUUCACUAAAGAGGGAGCUGGACAAAGCUUGGAAAAUGGUUGAUGCUGCUAAUCAGAAAGAGAAGAGGGACAAAGAGAGCAUCAGGAAUUUAAAAGAAGAAGUUGCCAACCUAAUGAAAAUGGCUGAACAGCAAACUGGCUUCUCUAUGGACCAAGUGCAGAAUGAUCUACUAAAAACAAAUGAAGAAUUGACUAAGGAGAGGGAUCUCCUGCUGGCAACUGUGGAGGGUCUAAGAGAAAAACUCAGCAAGGCCACCGCAACCCAGCAGGAUAUAGAGGCCCAACGAGACAGAGCCUCAGAGAAUAUUUCUCAGCUCCAGCAGGAGCUCCAGGUACAACAGAAUGAGAUUUCACGGGAGAUGAGGUUGAAGGAGAAGCUGGAUAAGGAGGUGAAGCAGCUGCAUGCUGACAUGGAGGCCAAGAUGGGGGAAAUAAAGGCUCUGAAUCUGCAGGGCCAAAGAGCCAAAGAGGAGCAGCAGAGGCUGGAGCAGCAGGUCAAAGAGCUAAAGAUCUUGAAUGAGCGAUCCACUAAGGAGCUGGAGCAGAUGCAAGGGAAGAACAAUAAGCUGCUGCAGGAGUGUGAGCAGCUCUCAUCAGUCAAAGAACAUCUCUCUUUGGAAAAUCAGCAGAACACAAAUGAGCUUAAGAUGAGAGAAGAGGAGGUGAAUCAGAUGCGACAGGAGAUCGCCAAACAAACAAAGAUGAGAGAAGCCAUCCAGAAGAAGUUCCACCAGAUGGAGGAUCAGAAAGCUGAUGUGGACGUGCAGAGGGAGACACUGAAAGCUCAGAUUGCCGGUCUGGAGAAAGAUCUUGAAUCUUCCCAAAAGCAGGUUGAAACCGACAGGAAAGCCAUCGAAGAGCUUAUCCGAGAGAGAGACAUCCUAAAUAAGAACAUGAUUAAAGCAUCACUGUCAACUGAGAAACAGCAGAACCUUGUGAAGCUCCUCGAGCAGGACAAGAAGACCUUGGAACACGAGAUCAGUGGCUACCGCCAGGAGGCCCAGAAGCAGCGCAAGAUCAUCCAACAGCUGGAGAAAGAACGUGACCGCUACAUAAACGAGACCAGCAGCCUCAUGCAGAAGGUGCAACAAAAAAUGAGUGACGUUGAAGUAAGAGAGAGGGAGAUAUUUGACUGGAAGAAGAAGGUGACUGAGGCAGAGUGCAAGCUCAAACAGCAAGAGAACCUGCUGGAGUGUGUUGUGUCUGAGAGAAACCUCUACAGCAAAAACCUCCUCGAGGCUCAGGAAGAGAUUGCAGAGAUGAAGAGGAAGAUGAAAACCAUGAACAACCAGGUCACCCGACUGAGAGAUGAGAUCACUGGGAAGGAGCUUGCCCUUGCCAAAGAUCAGCAGGAACACAAACGUUUAGAGAAGGAUAACGAGGCUCUCAAGGGGGAGCUGCAGUCGAUUAAACUCCAGCUUGAGGAUACAAAGCAGCAUGUUGACAGUCAGAAAGCAGAACAGCAAAAACUGCAGAAGAUUAUAUCUGACGCUGAUGCUGAGCAGAUCCAACAGAAGAAACAGCUGGAACAGGUGAUCAGAGAGCGAGACAACCUGGGCAAACAGCUGCUACACCGCAACGAUGAGCGAGCACUGCUGUAUGAGAAGAUCAGGAUCCAGCAAUCAAUCCUGAGCAAGGGGGACUUCCACUUCAACCAGAGGAUGGAUGACAUCCGCCUGCUCAAGCUGGAGAUCAAGAGGCUGCAGCGCAAGAAGAGCAUCCUGGACAAGACCGUACCCAACACAGAGGACCUGAGGCGAGAGCUGUUCCAACUGCAGAGGGAGCUGCUUCGAGAGAGGACGAGAAACAGCGUUCUGGAGGAACAGCUGAAGCCCAUAAAUAUUCACCGAUGGAGACGACUGGAGGGCAGUGACCCUGACAAAUAUGAACUCAUCCUGAAGGUUCAGUCCUUACAAAAACGCCUGAUCGCUAAGACGCAAGAGCUUGAGGAACAUGAACUCCUAUUACAGGAAAAGGAGAAGCUGUAUGUUGAGCUGAAGCACAUUCUGGCCCGGCAGCCAGGUCCAGAGGCAGCUGAGCAGCUCCAGCAGUGCCAGUGGACCAUCAGAGAGAAAACCAAAAAGCUCAAGGCGUUGAUAGCAGAGCUGAGAAUGCUCGACUCAAAGAUGAAUGAGUAUAAAAGCGAGAAUCAAAGAUUAGCUAAUGAACUAGCAAACGUUAAGAAGAAGUACCUCAGCGAGAAGAAGCUUCACAGUGAGCAGAGAACCAAGACCAAGGUGGAGCAGCUGGAGUCCCUGCCCCAGCUGAGCAGCAAACCUCACUUCACUGGAGGAGGCUUCAGGAUUGACAACCCAUUGAAAAGAUGAUGGCUAUAAUAAGUGGAUAUUAUAUAAACCAUCCAUCAUCUUUUACAUGAUUUGAGAUGAACAAUAUUUAUUCCCACAUAACCUGACAUUAUCAGCAAAUAAAUGUUUUUACCACUAAUUAUCAUGACCUGUCUGAGAAAAGACUUUAACUGUGUUGAUGCAAGAUAUCAGACAAUCAGGAAGGAAACAAUGCUCAGCUGUCAGUCUAUACUUAAUCAUGUUCUAGGAUAUAUUUUUGAUCUAUGUAAAGCAACACAUCAACUUUGCGUCUGAUGUUUUGUUCCACUAUGUUGAGCAAUCGGUUAUUUAUACCUUUCUCUCAUCCUAAGGAGACUAUAAUAACUC